ACAAUCUGAAUAUCUGUACUAGCCGUUAAACUCUGCCCAGUUGUCUGACCUCUGACUGCUUGUCUAUAAAAUAAGAAGCAUUUAGUAUUUGAGGUAAAAGAUAAUUUGAUGAUCAGAUACCAAAAGCACCACAACCACUUAGAAACCUUGUAACGUGUGGAUAAGAGGUCACCUCAAAAAUUGUGAAGAGUAUCAACGCUACACAUGUACAGCACAAAGAUGGGCUCGAAUGUGAAGUUCACUGUAUUUGCGCUACUGACAAUCAACACUAUACGGAGGUCUAUCUUUUGCUGUGUGGAAUCUACAUACCCAAACUGUGAGUCUAAAGACUGACGAUCGGAACCAAAACACUGAAUUGCGAAGAGAAUUGCGAAGUCUAAAAUCUGAGAAUACAAACCUACAGAAUCAAAUAUCUGAAUUCCGAGGCUUUGUCGAAGCUAAUCCAAACCCCCACUUAAGUGAUGAAGCCACGGUGAUGGACACACUAAAGCGACUAACUCGACAAUCUGGCUCCUCUCAAAGUGCUACUGAUCUACUUGCUGAUGCUCUGGCAGAACUAAUUGAAAAGAAACUCUACACUAUAAUGGACUGUGCUAGAUAUGACGCCGAUAAUUUAACCGAUUGUUCUCUCAAGCCAGGCCCAAAGGGGGACAAGGGAUGCCUGGGUGAUCAAGGUAAAGAAGGCCCUCAGGGAAUGAACGGAGAGCCUGGGGUCAAAGGACACGUUGGCUACUCUGGUCAUAAAGGGGAGGUGGGUUCAAAGGGUCCUAUCGGCAAUCCCGGACCAUUGGGGCACCGAGGGGUUAAAGGAGAUAUGGGCGAGAUCGGUCAACGAGGUGAGGCGGGGGUUAAAGGCGAGCGAGGUUCGAAAGGACAUUAUGGUUUCCCUGGACACAAAGGCGAGAGUGGCGGGCCGGGUGCCAAUGGAGUUAAAGGAAAUCGAGGCUUUGUAGGAAAUAAUGGACAAAAGGGAGAGAAAAGAAAAAUGGGGGUACAAGGUCCACCAGGACCUAUUGCCGCUAACAUUCCCUCCGAGAGGUGUGGUGGUCCUGGAUGGAGGAAGGUGGCAUUCAUUGAUAUGACUAAUACUAGCCAAAACUGCCCUCAAGGACUAACACUGACUGGCUACUCAAAACGAUCAUGUGGUGCAACACAUACAGAUUGGAAAAAUUGUUCAUCAGUCACCUUUCCUUGUGGUGGGGGUCAAUACAGUCGAGUGUGUGGGAGAGCUAAGGCUUAUCACUGGGGGCUCCUGCACUCCUUUUAUGGGUAUCACCAUGAAUCACAUGAUAUCAAUGCACAGUACGUUAAUGGACUAAGCUUCACUUAUGGAACACCCAGGACACACAUUUGGACAUUUGCAGCUGGUUUAUAUCAAGCAAACAGUAGUGAUACUUUCUUCAAUCCUGAAUAUAGAGACUUUCACUGUCCUUGUAAUCCAGGCAACACCUACGGCUCCCCUCCUUUUGUUUGUAAUGACUAUUUCUGUGAGAGUGGCGUAAGCUCUCGUUCUGCACUUGAUAUUAACACAUUUUAUCCUGAUGAUCCACUCUGGGAUGGUCAGGGCUGUAUCCAUGGCAACCCGUGCUGUUCGUUCAAUAACCCACCGUGGUUUACCAAAACACUACCAACCCCCACAACUGAUGAUAUUGAAAUGAGACUAUGCUUGAGUGGUGGUGCACCUCAUGCUAACAUUGCUCUUGAACAAAUGGAACUAUACGUCUACUGAUGAACUAGAAACACUGAACAUUGAUCUGACUCUGUUAGCUACUAAAUAUCCAAGAUUCACAUAUCAUUUCCGUAUAGCGGGUUAUUUUUGUAUGGGGAAAUUUUAACAUUUAUAAUCUACCGCAAUAGAUUUAA